AUGAUCAGUGUGAAAUAUAUUUUAAUUCGGAAAUGUUCAAAUCUCUACGCGUUCUGGAUUUAAAGCGAAUGUCAAUAUCAGUAAAAGAUUUAGCCAAUUUAAAACAAUUAAAAGAAUUAAAACUUAUGUUUUGUAAAGCAAAUGACACCAAUAACUUAAGCGAACUCUUUAAAGCUGUGCAACUGACAACACUCAUCAUAAUACCAAUAAAUAAAACUGCAGAAAACAACUGUCAAGAUACACCCAGUUUUCUAUUGGAUUCUAUUAACUGCUGUACAACGUUGGAAGUUUUAAAAGUGAGUGCAGUGGACUUAACAACCGCAAUAGUUGAGCAAAUUUGUCAGUUGCCAUUACUUGAGAAAUUUACAGUAUAUACUCUACCUUAUGUUAAUCUCAAGUCUAGAAUGUAUUCAUUGCGCAAAAUUUUGGAAGUGGUCCGAACCCUUAAAGCUGUGAUGGUAAGAGUAAUACGUUUGAAAUGCUAUUUUGAAUGGUCUCUGUUGGAGGAAAUGUUGCAUUUGGAGAAUUUACACACAUUUUGUUGGCAUUCGCAGUUUGAAGUGUAUAACGAAGCUGAUGGUAUUGAAUGGACUGCUUAUAAUCCCAAUAUAUUAAUCGUUGCUGUAAUCAGAUUCGUCAUAUUGCAUCGUCACCGUUUGGAAGUACUGAAUUUUAGCAGAAACUGUCACGCAUCUAAAUCCUUCAUUGAGAGUGUUAUGAAAAAAACUAAUCUUAAAGUGAUACAUGAUGACUUCAGUGAUUCCAAUAAAAUAUUAAAGCCUGUGAAACGAAAAGACGACUGGGAUCAAUUUGACUGUAUGGAGUUUGAAAUGCAGAGCCCCUAA